AUGAGGGCCGUAGGUUCUCCAUCGAGCGAGCUCGGUAUAUUCUCUAUAGAAGGUGUGUGCCACGAAAUCGCGUACUACUGAAGGCUUUGCUGAAUGCUGAAGUAUAUGACCAAUCCGAUCGAUCUUAACUAAGUAUAGAAUGUGUAAAAUGAGUUUCCAUGUGCUUAGGGCACAGCCGACAAUGGCCAGCUUUCAAAAUGCAUCAAAUGACUGUGAGCGUGUAUGAAGAGAGAAACAUCAUCCUUCUUUGUCAGGCGCAUGACACCCCUCUCUAUACUUACAUUAAGGUCCUAAGAGCACGAAAUUCUCGCACAAAAUGCUGUCCCUAUAUCCUCCUGAUGCUGAACAACCUCAACCUUGGAGUCAUUGGAAUGUUAUUUGUGUGAGAACGCCCCCAUCGUCUAUUUUCAAUCGUGAGGACUUGCCAAUCAGCCAGAACAAAAUGCGAGAGGGCAGGGAGUUUCUGAAGGAGGACUUUUUAGAUCCUUUAGGAAUAGAUCCGUUGAAAAAGAUGGUGACCAAAAGGGGUAACACAAUGCGGUUGAAUCCUGUGUAUUUAGUGAAUGAGAUUGGGAAAGUAGGCGAAGCAAUACUACUGAAAAUGGAAAUCGAACGGGGAAGGAUAUCGUUCACACUUACUCCGGCUAAUCGCAAUGCUUAUAAGGCAUCCGAUCUGGAAUCAUGCAACGCUUUAAGGAGUGGCGUAUCCUUCUCGCCAAAUCUCCAGUAUUCGACCUCAGCCUCAACAUUUCCUUUCAGUCCGGCAAUCUCCGAGACUGUGCUCUUCGGCUUUUUGUCAGCUGACGUAGGCCCAACUGUGCGCGCAGGCCGACAUGAAACGACGUUAUGCGUACCGAUCAUGGCGUCAUCUCGUGCGAAGAAUUUGAGCUUUCGUCUAAGGCACAACCGUGGUUGCGGCAUUGUGCGGAUGCAUCACGCAACUUCGACGUAUGAAAUAGACGGAUGUAGGGGAAUCCAAGUUCCGUUAAUUUUGCAAAUUGCAUCACCGAACAACCGAACAACCAGCUACCGCAAGCUCCAGAGAAGUGAACGUUGCAGGGCCUGGAACAGCGAACCCGUUGAGAAUGAGCAGGCUUUCACGUGCGACGAAUGUGGAAAGAGCUGGGCUCGCUCAUGUCAGAUUGAUCCUAUGCAAUCCGGAGUAUUCCUCCCUGUCCUUUGGGGUCCUUGCGUACGAUUAGAUGAAUUCGAUAAUCUGUACUUCCUUAACGUACGUGAAGGCGAUGAAGGAGUUCCAUGCGCCAUCCAGUGGAUUAAUGCUCUUCCGCUCGCGCGUUCCUGA